AUAAAAGUUUGCGGUACUUGUCCGCGUUUUCCGUGCGUUCAUGGAAUCACUCAUUCCUGUUAUAAAUAAAUUACAAGAUGUUUUCAACACAGUAGGAUCUGAAACUAUACAUCUACCACAAAUCGUUGUUUUGGGAACCCAGAGUUCAGGAAAGAGUUCAGUCCUCGAAAACUUGGUUGGUCGAGAUUUCUUACCUAGAGGGGCGGGAAUUGUGACACGCCGACCACUUGUUUUACAACUUAUCCAUGUUGAUGAAUCGGAUCAUGCUACACGGAUUGCAGAGGGUGAUGGUACUUCAACAGAAUGGGCAACAUUUCUGCAUAAUAAGAAGAUAUUUCGAGAUUUUGACGAAGUUCGUAGUGAAAUCAAGAGUGAAACGGACCGCGUCGCUGGAGCUGGAAAAUCUGUUAGUGCAGAACCUAUCAACUUGAAAAUAUUUAGCCCACGUGUGCUAAACCUCACUUUGGUCGAUCUUCCAGGCAUUACUAAAGUUCCUGUUGCUGACCAACCGGAGGAUAUUGAAUCUUUGAUAAAUGAUUUAUGUCUGCCUUAUAUACAUAAUCCGAACAGUGUGAUUUUGGCAGUUACACCGGCCAAUGCAGAUAUGGCUACUAGCGAAGGUCUUAAAUUAGCCAAAACAGUUGAUCCUGAUGGUCGGAGAACUUUAUGCAUUUUGACGAAGUUGGAUUUGAUGGAUCAUGGUACAGAUGCACAUGACAUUUUAUUAGGACGUGUUGUUCCAGUCAAGCUUGGCAUAAUCGGUGUUGUCAAUCGUUCUCAAGCUGAUAUCAAGGCUGGUAAAAGUAUAGAUGAGGCACUGCAAGAUGAAGCCACUUUCCUGCAGCGACGUUAUCCGUCCCUUGCCAGUAGAAAUGGAACCCCGUUCCUGGCAAGGACGCUGAAUAGACUUUUGAUGCACCAUAUAAGAGACUGUUUACCAGAUUUGAAAACACGUGUCAACGUAAUGGCUGCACAAUUCCAGAAUCUCUUAAACACAUUUGGUGAUGAAAUUGAAGACCGAGGACAGCUUCUGCUUCAGAUUAUUACCAAAUUCAAUACUGCUUAUUGCAAUACAAUUGAUGGAGUUGCAAAAGACAUCGAAACAACAGAGUUGUGUGGUGGUGCACGUAUUUGUUAUAUUUUCCAUGAAACUUUCUACCGUACACUGAGUAAAAUUGAUCCAUUAGGCGGUUUAUCUACUCUGGAUAUCUUAACUGCAAUCAGAAAUGCUACCGGACCAAGGCCUGCUCUAUUUGUGCCAGAGGUUUCUUUUGAGUUGUUAGUAAAACGACAAAUCAGACGUCUUGAAGAACCAAGUUUGCGAUGUGUUGAAUUGGUACAUGAGGAGAUGCAACGCAUCAUUCAACAUUGUGGCGCUCAACAAGAACUCCUUCGGUUCCCCAAGCUACACGAACGAAUAGUCGACGUGGUAACUUCUGUAUUACGCCAGCGCUUACAACCCACUAAUCAAAUGGUUACCAACUUGGUAGCCAUUGAAUUGGCAUAUAUUAAUACGCGGCAUCCUGACUUUUCAGAUGCUCUCAGCUCACAUCGACAACAAGCUCCUGGACUGGACACUUUGUCACUUUACGACCAGUCAGGGGCACAAGGGUCAGUUUUGGGAGCAGCACUUCGUAAUACAUCUGGUUCACAAUUUAAUCGUCGCCUUACUGCAUCACUUCAACAUGAAGAAAAAACCAAUUCGUUUACUGCUAAUGGCCCAUCUCAAGAACUACAUUCAGAUAAUUCACAAAUUGGUUUAACCCUGACCCCAGAUAUUAAAGUCAAUUGGUAAUGUUACUACUUACCAAGCAAGCAUUUUUCAUAUGGCGGCCUGCUUAAACCCUUGGGCUACCAAAAUCUUCCACCGAACAUAUUUGUUCCUUGAACGUGUCAUGUACUCUUGCACAUUUUUAAACUGUUUUCAACUCUCCGUUUCUCGAGUUAAUAACAACAGAGAAAACAGGUUACGUUAUACAGAGGUGGACUAUUUAGUGCAAAAAAGUACAUCCAUCAUAUUUCUAUCUCUCGGUUUUUUAGCUUCAAUUGCAGACUUUUGUACUGACUAAAGGAACCACUACCAUCACCACCAAACUUACUUUCGCGUUUCUGUCAAUUCUUCAUUAGGAAUUGGAUGUUAGUCUGAAAUCAGCUGGCUGUUUCACACUAUUGCUUUGAAAAUACGCUUAUUAUUGACAUCAGUCAGAUGUAAUAAUCAUUUUGUCUGAAAAUAUUGUUCUAAGAGUGACCUUGUUGAAAAACUACACGCUGAGAAUCCUAUGCUGUAUCAUACAUAGUGUUUGGAAUAAAGCUAUUAUCAUUAUUAUUAGUUGUUGAUGAUCAAAUUGUAUUUUGAUUGAAUUUUUUUACUAUUAAUCAAACUAUCUGAGAUGAAAGCCUUGGUUUGGCAGACUAACAUUAUUGAUUUAGAAGAAGCUGCUGGUUCAAACUGUGCGGCGGCUCAAGUUUUCAUUUCACCUUCUGAAUCAUCACCCAGUACUAAGUUUUUGCUCAGUUACUAAUUUAUGAUUCCCUUCUACCAAUGACAAUCAUUUACUUACUUUGUUACAAAUUCUUGAUUUCAACCAAACUGACUAAUGUUGUCUAAUAUUUUCAUGUUUAUUACGAAACUUUCAUUCCUAUGUUGCCGAAAACAAAUGGGAAUGUUUGAGUAUUUAAUACACUAUAUUUUUUUCUACUAUUAUUUGUUAGCAAACGGAAGUUCAGCAGCACAAACUGACUCCUAAUGAACGGCACGAUUGCGAAGUAAUUGGUAGACUUAUUCGCUCUUAUUUUCUGAUUGUUCGUAAAAAUAUUCAAGACACUGUUCCAAAGGCAAUUAUGCAUUUCCUGGUGAAUUUUGUAAAGGAUAAUUUACAAUCGGAACUUGUUAGUAAAUUGUAUAAGCAAGAUGAAUAUGAUAUACUGCUGCAAGAAAGUGAACGAGUAGCUCAACGUAGAAGAGAAGCCUCAGAAAUGCUGAAGGCUCUACAGAAAGCCAGUUUAAUCAUCGGUGAAAUUCGUGAAACUCAUUUAUGGUGACUCAGUAUUUUUGUAUAAUUUAGAUUGAAUAAACUCUUUCUCCUUAUCAGUAGAUUGUUGUUUGUUGAUAGGAUAGCUUUGGUUUUCUUGAUUUUUUUUUCAAUACUCGCUUAAUGCCUUCAUUUGGAUGAAAAUAUUCAUGUAUGUGUAUCAUUAUUGUUAUUAUUCGGUUCCACAUGCCAUGUGCAUAUGUGUACAUUCCUCUUCUGUUAUUUGUUCGCUUGUGUUCAUCUCUGUAUUGAUUACUACGCUGUAAUUAUACCUCUAUUGCUAAGGCGCUAAUACUACUUAAAAAAAAUACUCAAUUCACGCCUCAUACACACACACACAUACAAACGAAUAAAUUUGGCAUGAUACAAUUCUACUUGAAAUUGUCUCCUCUUCAGUAGUGUAUGAAUUGAUGAUCAGUGUCAUACUCUUUGUUUAUCAUUUCCUAGGUUAUAUGCCUUCAUGCGUUGAUUUGAUUUCUCCUCUAGUUUAGCAAAAGUGUCUAUCUCUCUGUCUUCAAUCUGUAUAUGCAAAGGGCUAUUCUUUGUUGUCACUGUCUAAUCAUAACUUGGAUGUUUGCGUAAUCUUUGAAAACUAUUGUAGUUACUUUUCUCUAGCAUAUUUCUACUAUAUAUUAUCCUGUAAUUUUAAAUCGGCACAUUUUUUUCCUCUCUUACUGCAUUAUAAAUAAAACAGUUCAUCUUAGUUAUGUACUGG